AUGAGGGCCAAAUUGCACAAAAGAGCAUCAUUUUGGACUGAAUUGGAAGCUGCUGGAAUUCAGGCUGCUGGAGGAUCGAUCCGAGCUGAAGCAAGUGGAGAAAUCCUUGCUGAGGAAGGAAGACUGGCAGUAGAUGAUCACAGUUGGAAGGUAUCUGCAGCAGCACACUCAAUUGAAGAGAAGAAUGGCAGCUAUUCUGCAGCGAAAAUCAAUCCAUUAGGAGAGCUGAGUUUUGAUCCAGAAAUUGAAAUCACAGUAAGGAGAUCCAAAGCCUUGCGAAACAGAGAAGUUGCUGCUCGUGUUCUUAAAGAAAACUAUAAGCAAAUGGCAGAG